AUGGUAAUUGAUUGGCUGUUAGUUAAAACUAUGUUGUUAUGUGUUCAGUGUCUGCAGCAUACAAAAUUCUAUGCUGUGCUUUAUGUUUUCGCGGUCCCGGUCCUAGUAUCUAUUUAUGAAUUACUGUUCUCUUUGAGGGCUUUGCUGGGGGUGGAUACGAAGGGAGCUAGCUUUACUGGUAGCAUUGCGACGAGGAUGUACGAAAGUUUUUUAAGUUUCAAACAUUGA